CGGGCGGCGCCGCGGGCAGACGCGCUCCGGACGCCGCGGUGAGCGCUCGUGUCGUGCUCUGCAAAAAUACGCGAUCUACAUUAUUUUCGCGAUUUUCCGCCGUUUCAAAGAUAAUAAAAAAAUUUCUCCUUUUUAAAUUUCAACGUAACUAUGUAGAAAAUUGGAGCUCUGAAAAUCGUAAGAUAUGAUAAGAAGUGUUUACUUUUGAACUCCCGAAACAAACUUUAGAGUAGGAAAAGUGAUUCGAGAAGAAAUACUAAUAAGACACGUUCGCCUGAAUUGUGAUAUAUUAUUUAAACAUGGAGCAGAGCAGGCGAUACGACCGUUGAGCCAGAGCACACCGGCGGACGGGAGCAUGCAAGCGAUGAGCGCGAACGCGAGCGCGCCGCGGGCGCCGCAGCGCUCCCCCUUCGGCAUCCAGGAGCUGCUCGGCCUGUCGGACAACCGGGACAGCAGAGAGCGCUACUUCGAGCACCGCGAUGGCGACAGAGUGUUGAACUUAUCAGAGAGCCGCGAGGCGCGCUCGUACCCGCCGCAGUUCUCUCUGCCCGUGUCGAUGGCCAGCCGCGUCGCGUACGCUGCGGCGUUCAACGCGCAGGCCGCCGUCGCCGCCGCCUUCCUGCCGGGCCCGCCGCUGCUGCACCCGCCGCCCGGGUUCCCGCAGAUCAAACCACCCUACAGCCCGACUGCGCAGCCGCACCUCACAGCCGUUCGACAGUUUUAUUCAGGUGUGUCAUCGUUAGAAGUAGCGAAAGACUUCACGGUCGACGGGCUCACCGGUUACAACGGGAAGAAAAAGAAGAAAAAACGCAGACAUAGCAGGACGAUCUUCACCUCGUACCAGCUGGACGAGCUGGAGAAGGCGUUCAAGGACGCGCACUACCCCGACGUGUACGCGCGGGAGAUGCUCUCGCUCAAGACCGACCUGCCCGAGGACCGGAUACAGGUGUGGUUCCAGAACCGGCGCGCGAAGUGGCGCAAGACGGAGAAGUGCUGGGGGCGCUCCACCAUCAUGGCGGAGUACGGGCUGUACGGCGCCAUGGUGCGCCACUCGCUGCCGCUGCCCGAGACCAUCCUCAAGAGCGCCAAGGAGAACGACAACGUGGCGCCCUGGCUGCUCGGCAUGCACCGCAAGUCGCUGGAGGCGGCGCACCACCUCAAGGAGUCAGGGUCGGAGCGCGAGGGCUCUGAGGCGGAGGCCGAGCGCGCGCCCUCCGCCUCGCCGCACCGCCACGACGCGCACGACACGCAGGCGCAGAGUUCCCCGGGCAGCAGCACGACGGCGUCGUCGUCGGCGAAGGGGCGCGCGUCGCCCGACGGGCGCGAGAUGUACGACGACCCCGAGGCCUUCCGCAACAACAGCAUCGCGUGCCUGCGGGCCAAGGCGCAGGAGCACCAGGCGCGGCUGCUGUCCAACAACCUCCUCCUGCAGGUUCGAGGUCUACAGCGAGCGAGUGGCGCGUGCGUGAGCGUGGUGGAAGAUGAUGGCCCCGCAGACAUCGACGUGGGGACCGAGCCCCCUCCGCUCGACGCCGUCGCUCGGCUUUACUGACCCCCUGAACUGCAGGAGCUGCACCCCGCCCGCCUGCAGGAACCCCCCACGCCCCUCGUCACUGAAGCGUCCCGAGAACUCAUGCCGUACGGCACCAACCAGAUCUAUGGAUCACACGAUGAACCCACCAAAUAAAGUUGGCGAUCUCAAGGAUUAGGUACUUACUCUAUGGUGAAGUUAUUUUGGUUAAAUUGUAAAGAAUUGAACUCUGUGAAAGAAGAAUAGAACGAAAAAAGGCUUCCUACGACACUAGCAUAUUUAAAUAAGUUGAAAACUUUUAAUCGUAGGUAAAUCAAAGGCGUAGAAAUUUCCAAAGAUCAGGGAUAAUAUUGAUCACGCCUAUCACAAAAGUGGACUUUGAUAACCAUUGAGCAAAGUUUUCCAAAUUCAGUGAUUUAAUUCCUCAAUAUUGGCUAGAUUUCGCCCAAUAAGUCAAAUGUCACACGAACAUUACAGAGUGAAUAUGCGGCAUGAUACAUUAUAAUGUUGAAGACAAAGUGUUAUCGCGAAGACGAGACCGAACCAGUGACGUGUCGGGACUGGUACUUAAGUGUAAUUAUGUACAUUGUAGACUUAGUCGUAUUUAACUCGAGCCCCAGUUUUUCGUGCAAUACCCUUAGUUAAGUAUUUAUCCGUUUAGCCGUUGUGUUAGCGUUGUAUAAAGUUCUCCUGGCACUAGCUACUGUUCUUAUAGUGCCCUUCAUUUAGAUAAUAUGUUUAGGGCCUCAUCGCCGAGACAGGUGACGGACUGCACUCAUUUCAAAAUCAUCAUCUGAUGAUAAAAUCAUGGUCUCACGCACUCGAAACGACCGAAAACCAGUCCUUGCAGGUGUUUUUAUCCUAGCGCCCCUGUAAACAUUACGCUUUAUUCCUAUCGUAUUUCUAUCCUCUUUAUUAUUCAUUCUAGGAAAGUCUAUAUAGACACCCAUCACCAAAAUAUACCAAACUCUACAAUGUCGUCUGUCUCGGUGACGCGGCAAGAACACGCACCUUUAGAUAUAAAUUGUAAUAUAAGCAAAGACUAGUUCGGAGUAGUAGUUAACGAAAUCGGUACUAAAUUAAAAUUUAUUGUAAAUGUUGGGCAGUGCCCGACAUGAAAAACAAAAUGUUGUGUCUUAUCGUUUAUCGUCUAAGCGACUACAAAUUAUUCCGCGCAGAUUGCAGACAUGAUCUGAUGAUGGUUUAGUUCAUUAAAGAUGUUUACCUAUAGUUCUUUAUCUUACCUACUAUUUACGUUUAUGCAAAAAUUAUAUAUUAUUUUGCAUAAACCUAAAAAGUAAGAAUAGGUUUUUUUAUUUUAUUCUAGAGUUGAUCCAGAGUAUUCGUAUAAUGUUACAACGCCAUCUCGUAGAAGUUUCAAGUACCAGCCUGUUACAAGUAUCUCAAAAUGAUACGAGAUGGCGUUUGCUACUUAGCGAAUGAAGAAUUUUUCACUCUCACGAGCGAGUAACGACUGUGCCACGAAACCACUUUGCUCAAACCAUGACAUGAGCCUCCCUACAGAGGCUUAACUAGUUAACCAUCAGAUGAGAUCCGAUCCGAAUCCGAUCAUGUCUGGAUUCUGCGGGACUUAACAACAUUAAUUAAUUAUUAUUAUUGUAUAAUGUAAUAAAUCCGUAAGCGUUACUUAUUAUAUUUAAGUGAAUAAAUUGUACUUACAUACAGAUUGUAGGUUUUUAUUUAUCGACUGUAUAUUUGUUUCAUAUUGUAUUUUUAGUUACAUUUAAAGUAUAUAAUUUUUUUAUUAAUUUUAUGUCCAAAGGAUUUUUAUAAUACCUAGAACUUUCCUUGUGGUUCCCAUGUUCAGUUGUUUCAAGCAAAUAUUUUUUUAAGAAGAUAUUUCGAACUUGUUUAGCAUUAUAAAACUUGCUGGCCGAGUAAGUAUCAGAAUUUAAACUCAGUUUUACAUAGUAGACAUACAGAUGCAUAACUAAACUAUCGGUAGGUACCUUACCUAAGGUAUUAAACAACUAGACAAAAUACUAUAACUACCGACAGUUUUACUUAUAUUUGUUGCAAUAUAUUUUCAAUAUGAUAUUGAAAAUGAUAUUAUGAACGUGCCUAUAGGUAUGUAUCUACAAUCUACAUGUUUAAUUUCUUUUUCCAAUGUUAUAUACCUAUUACUUAAACAUAGUUUUAUUAUUUACUCUUCAUUAGUAGGAAAAUCUUUUAGGUACCUUUCUUCCAUGGAGAAUUAUUACUCGAUGUAAAGAAAGAAAGAUAAUCACCUAUGUACUAAAACUAUCGAAUCAGAGCAACGAAAUGAAAUUAUAUGUGAAACAUUUGCUAAAUAUUAUUUAAAGGCGUCGCAUUAAUUUAUCAUUCAUUCGCCAACAAAAAAGCAUGCCUUUAUGUAUUGUUUGCGUUGCGUUACGUUCAUUGGUACGAUGCAAUUCGAAACUCAAAUGCAAAAACAUUCGAUUUACCUUAACUUACGUACAAAUCUACAAACCCUUUUGUUAUUAGUUUUCAUCGCGUAGUUAACUGGAUGUAUCAGACUAAAUGUUUUACAAAUUGAAAAUAACGAAAUUGUAGGUAAACCAAAUAAAUCAGUCCUCGUCCGCGUGACAUGGAUGACAGUGGGGUGUGGGAUCGGGGACUCGGGGGGUGAUCACAGAGCAUACAACGGUAAAGCGAACGCCUUACAUUCAGACGUUAUGUGUCCCGCAGUUUCUCGAGAACAGGGUUGUCUAGUUUUAUAUUUCUUUAAAUUAUAUAUUCAUUUUUAUUGUACUUACCUAAUUUAAUUAAAAAGAGAUAGUUGAUUUAAUGGUUCUAUAUUUCACUCCAAAACAAUAUUAAGGACGUUUGACACAAUAAAAAAAGGUUACAAUUUUGGGAAUUUAAUAACUUAACACUAUUAAAAAAAAACGUAAUUAUGGGGAGACUCGUUAUCAAGAAGUCUUGUCCCCAUAUAUGCGAACUAUAUUUUCAAAGCCCUAACCGUUUUGCUCUGCCAUCAUACCCUACAGGCCACACAUCUGUAUUACGCGGCAGUGGACUCGUGAGCAUUUUGCUCAAGUAUAAAGCAAUGUUUGUGACUACGACUAGCGACAAUUAGGACCCGCCAUUUUGAUUUAGCUUCUAUUUUAUUAACACUUGAUCCAAUUUUGUUCUCGUGAUUUCGUUCAUUAGCCUCUGAUGUAAGACCAAUACCUGUACUCAAUUGUACUUAACAUUAAUUACUAUAGAAUUGUAAUAUAUUUAUUGAAUUAAAGACAAAUGGAACUACUUAAGUAAUGUGAAGCAACAUCGUAAAUACCUAAGAUUAUUUCGAUGAAUAAACAAAUGUGUAAAACUA